CAAAACCCAACUUCGGAAUAAGUUUAACCAAUUGAGGACAAUUUAUAUCGAGUUUAAGAAAUUGUUAUCGGAGACUGGCGUGGGAUAUAACCAUGAGACGGGUAUGGUUAUAGUUGAGGAAGAGAGAUGGGGCAGGUUGAGCAAGGUUAUUAAGGGUACAAAUAAGUUUCGUAGACAUGGAUAUAAGCAUUUUGACAAGAUGUCGACUAUAUUUGGGGACACAUAUGCAACAGGAAUGCAUGCCCACCCCUCCACUACAGCACCCCCCACAAUCAUUUUGCCCACUCCCAAUGAUGACGAUGAUGAGGAAGAGGGUUGUCAUGUCAGUCCCCCACCUUUACGUAAAAGUAAGAAAGCCAAAAGAGAUAGUUUAUCUCCCAGUAUGGCUGCACUCUUGUCAGGCAUGGAUGAGAAUUCUGCGAGGAGAACUAAGAGAAUGGAAGCUGCAAUAGAGAAAGCAAUUAAAGCAUCUUCUACUUCUACUCGUGUAUCUUCAUGUGAGAAAGGAGAUGAUGAAUUUCUCUCUCCCUCUAAAAAGGAUAAAGAUGAUGAAAUGUUUGAAGCCUGCAUGCUCCUUUUACAAAAAAUACCUGGAAUUGAGAUGGCCCAAUUUGCUAAGGUAUCGAAGUUGUUACAUGAUUCUGAGAAGUGGCAGAAAUUUUUUCUCAGUUCUCCUGAGGAGAUAAGAAUUGGUUGGGCACUAAAUGUUUGAGUCUUUCUUUAUGGAUGAUUGUGUUUUGUUGUUUGUUUAACUUAUUACUAUCUCACAUUUGGAUGACUGUAAUAACUAAAUACUUUUAUUUCUUGGAUGACUGUACUGCUAUUAUUUAAAUGUUUUUCUUAUUAA